AUGAAGCUCGUUUUGGUCGUUUUAUUCUGCCUCACCUCACCAUCCAGAGCAUGCUCUACAAACACAAACUACGCUCGUGAUGCGGAAAUCAUCACGGAUCCUUCCUUUACGUUCACUGUAAGCCCUCCGGUCAGAUGGACAUACUAUCCACCAGUUGCACCGACAGGUUCAAUUACAGUCACAAAUUUCUUCCCUGGGCAGUCAAUGACGUCAGAAGAAGCUCUGAGAUAUUGUCAGAAUGAAUAUCUCGAAGCACUUAGCGAAGUUCCUGCGGUAAAUAGUCUUGGUGUCACUACUACCGUGACCUAUUCACCGGACGAGAUUUCCAAUUGCUACAUCGGUCAGCCGGUUCCAGGCGGGACCAAGAUCGGUUACCUAGCCGGCGGUGCAGUUACACAAAUAGCCAUCGUCACUCUACAACAGGCUACACCUACCACUUGUCCAUUAUCUACCACUAUGCUGCAAGCUGGUAUUGGACCAUAUCAGGAAUACACCAAAACGGUUACGGUGUCAACUCGUGGUGGAAUAACACUGUCUCGAUACACAUGGACUCGAGUCCUGGCACAGUUCCAAAGCACUCUCAACCUCAGAUAUCAAGCGUUAUUCCGAUCACAACUCACAUUAGAUAAUAAUUAA